AUGCAACAACGUCACAGAGUUCAGCCAAUGGGAGUUCGAGGUAUAUUGUGACGUCAUACCUCCCGUAGGGUACACAGAAGCACAAUGGGCUACGUUCUUGGAUUUGUUUUGCUUCAUAGAUUCGUUUAGUCUCACACAAACGUGGGGUAAAAGAUACUGUGUUGACGAUGUGCAUUCGGAUUGUUCUAUUUGGGACGAUGACGAAGCUGUUGAGGGUUGUCUAUUUGGUCUUACUGGUUUGAUAACAGUCCGAUCAAAUUCCAUUGACCAUUACCGAAAUUGGGAUUGCUUAUUGUGUAAUUACUUUGAUGAUCAUUUCCUUUCUUUUACCGAAUGUGGGCCAAGCGCCCCGAUUGUUCAUGAACCACUUGUACCGGAAGGACCAAUUUCAUAUAGUUCAAUCUUUCGCGCGUCUUCUUUACCACUCCCUCAAUCAAAAUGUCAACAAUAUCAAAUCUACGACGAGACCUUCGCAGAAUGCAAACCCCUUCUUGCAAGAAAUAAAAUCAACUUCGGAGAAGUUUUGAAAAAAUAUGCAGUCAUUUUAGAGUACAAAGAACACUCGAACAGUUGUGGUAUAUCUUUAUUUACUGGUUUGGAGAGUGCUAACUCGACAACGAGGCUCAAAGAUGUCUCUCAAAAACUGUUAGAAAUUAAUUUAAUGGAACGAGAUUCGAAAGUCUUGGGUAUUAAUAUUCAACCACUCGGAAAUUUUAGUUACCGUGUCAUCUUUGAACUGCUAGAAAACUCGGAAGAAAAUGAGCUAGUAGAAAGUAAUAUUGGCCAUGAACUGAAGAUUCAAAACCUCGCUUUUCAUUCACAUAUACGCAAUCUCACUAGAUCUAACGGACUUUGCAAAUACUCAUUGAACAGAAGCAUCGUUCGUGAAAUGUUGUGUGCUAAAAACGAGACAUUCUCUUUGAAUGAAGUUGAAAUAUAUGGAAACAAGAGUUUAUUUAUUAACAAAACAGGACAACUUUACAGCGCUCAGGAGUACUUGUUGUUUAAAAACGAAAAACGAUUGGCUUUGUGUAAAGAUUACUGGCCUGGAAAUUGUUCCUUUUACAUUGAAGUAAAUAAUGAAUCUGAUUGGUCAAUCUUCGAGAAUGGCUCUGUUCAUACUGACGUGACAAAAGUUUCAUGGUUACACUAUGGGGAAUAUACGAUAGUUGAUGGUGUGUUAAGAUUUUGUUCAAGAUAUCCAAGAGCAGUACUUAGUAGUAAAACCUCGAUACAUGAAACCAUUUUGUCUCAUGCGACAACA